CGGGGGUUCCAGACCCAGGAAGUUCUCAGACAUCUCAAUCAUAAUCCAGAGGACCUUUUGGACCAUACCAACUGGUAUAUCUGCAGGAAAUAAACAUUCCCUCGCUUACUUCUCCCAAUUCCACCUUUCCAGACAGCGAAUGAGGACCUCCGUACCAUGCAUUCAAGAUCCUAUUUAUUACUGGAGAAGGAAUACGAGGAGUUAAAGGAAGGCAGGAUCUAUGGCAUCUCUGCCGCUCCAAGAACUGAUAAUUUGUUAGAAUGGAUUGCCGAGGUCCACGGUCUGAAGGACUCGCUCUGGGAAGGGGCAUUUCUCCAACUCUCCCUAAAAUACACGGAGACGUACAACCACGUUCCUCCAGCCGUCAGAUUUAAUACCAUCCCUUUUCAUCCAAACGUGGAUCCAUCUACUGGAAGACCAUGCGUGGACUUUCUCGAUAACCCGGAAGAAUGGAACCCGCGCUAUACGAUGAGUAGCGUUUUAUUGGCCAUCCAGGUCCUCCUGUCUAAUCCGCAAGCUGAAAACGCGCUGAAUCUGGACGCGGCUGACCUGCUGGCCAACAAACCGUCCGCGUACCGAGGGCUGGUCCUGGACUGCGUAAAGAACAGCAGGCGACUUGAAGAUGGCGUAAUACCAGAUUACCCCAAAAUCACAACCCCGCCGCCGCCAGCGCCCCCGGCUCAGAGAAAGAUAAGGCCCGUCUCGUUUGAAGAGUAUCACAGAAACUGGGCUGAAAUUGCCACUUCAAAAGCGCCUGGAGAUUUAAAGAAAAAUAAAGAAGCUUCCUCUGGGGCUUUGUUUAGCGACGCAAAAGACGAGAUUAAUAGAAAUAAAAUUUACAAAUCCUUCAUCUCCAGGGUCGGUAAUAACUCCACGCAUUCGAAAGGGAUCCCGGCUGAGAGGGAUCCGCCGGGCUGCCCAAUGUGCAGAUUGUCAGAGAUUUGUGGCGUACCGCUGAUCGCCCACUCAUCAAGAAAACACGAAGUGGGCAGAAGCUCAAAUUAUCAGGGAGAGGAGACGCAUCACGAGAGGGGGCGACAUGAGGAACCAGGGGAAGAAGAGGUGGAUACCCUAGUGACCUGGGCAAACGCGCUUAAAACAGAAUUAUUAGAAGAUUAUUAAUACAGACAGGACUAGUAAAUAUAACAUUAUUAGCAAAUGGGUGAAAACUGGGUAAAAGGACCCAAAGUGGAACCAUUAAAUUCAAAUUAACUGGUUUAGUGGCUGAAGUGCACCGGUGGCCAAAUAUUCGUAAUUAUCCCGGUCUGAUGUCAUUUUUAAGUUAUGUAUAGCGAGGCUCCGCUCAACGCACCCUUACGGACGCCUAGUAAUUCACCGCGAGACGGCUGAGCUGCAAACAGUCCAUAGAAUUCUUUAUGUUGCCAUAAAUGUGCUGUUUAUAAAAAAUAUAUUUUACAA